AUGCGGAGCCCAUCAUCCAUCGCGUUCUACCGCGGGCAGGCCCAGGAGGUCAGCGGCAUGCUCCGGAAGCUGGCGAGGCGGCUGCAGACGGAGUGGCGGCGGCUUGCCAACAAGGACGUCGUCCAGGCCUACAGCACCAUGUUCCGGCAGUUCGUAGGGCUGCUGCCAGUGUACGUGCUUGCGGGGCGCAGCACCCCCCAAACACAACCCAGCAGCGGCCACGACGGCGGCGCCGCCCUCCUCGACGGGCACGGCCACGGCGGGCACGGCCACGGUCACGCCCACGGUCACGGCGCCGGGCACGAUCACGAGGGCCGACCUGCCGGAGGCACGGACAUCGCUGCGGUCAACCAGGCCCGAGAGGUGUUCGAUGAGGUGUUGUACCACCUGCUGAUUGUCGCGGAGAACACCAGCGACUUCUCCAGGCUGGCCACCGUGGCGCUGGAGCUGGACCGCUACAGCGAGCGCAGCCGCCGCGACCUGCAGCAGCUGCAGUCGGAGACGGGCGCCGGGGGCCGGCUGCUCCCAGCGCCCCCGGGCGGGCCGUUCUGGCUGCAGGUCGAGGACCUGACGCUCUGGGCGCCGGGGGAGCCGCGCAGGCUGCUCGUCAAGGAGCUGAGCGUGGCUAUGACGGGUGGGGACAGGCUGCUCAUAUGCGGUCCCAGCGGCGCCGGCAAGACCACGCUGCUACGCGCCAUCGCUGGUCUGUGGCUGCAGUGGACCGGCUCGAUCCGGCGCGAGAUGGACGCGCGGCGCGUCAUGUUCUUGCCGCAGCGCCCCUACAUCCAGGUCGGGACGCUCCGGGAGCAGCUGCUGUAUCCGUUCGGUGCGGGCAGUGACUGCUCUCACGGUGCUGGCGGCGCUGCUGCCACUGACGACGAGCUGAAGCAGAUCAUGCAGCGAGUGGGGCUCCAGCCAGUGCUCCUGCGUGUCCAGGGGGACCUCGGCGCCCGACGGCGGUGGGCCGAGGAGCUGAGCGUGGGCGAGCAGCAGCGCGUGAGCAUCGCGCGGAUCCUGGUGCACAAGCCGGCCUUCGCGAUCCUCGACGAGGCCACCUCUGCGAACGACACCGGGCACGAGCUUACCAUGUACAGGUGCGUGCAGGAGACGUGCAGCGCCUUCGUGUCGGUCGGGCACCGCGAGAGUAUCGAGGCCUUCCACACCGGCAAGCUGACGCUGCUGGGCGAGGGGCAGCAGGGGCAGUGGACUCUGGAGCCGCUGUGA